AUGGCAGGAACUCAGGAGCUGUUGGUGCUGGAAAACUUCAUAGAUGGGAAAUUUUUUCCUUGCAGCUCAUAUAUAGAUUCUUACGAUCCAUCCACAGGGGCCGUGUAUUGCAGAGUACCUGAUAGUGGCAAAGAAGAGGUCGAAGCUGCUGUGGCCGCAGCCAGAGCAGCUUUUCCUGCUUGGUCAUCCAGGAGCCCACAGGAACGUUCACAGGUGCUGCACAGGUUGGCUGACUUUCUGGAACAAUCACUGGAGGAGUUUGCCCAGGCGGAAUCCAAAGACCAAGGGAAAACCAUCACACUCGCCAGGACCCUGGACAUUCCCCGGUCUGUUCAGAACUUCCGGUUCUUCGCCUCCUCCAUGCUGCACCACACAGCAGAAUGCACGCAGAUGGACCACCAGGGCUGCGUACACUACACAGUGCGGGACCCAGUGGGCAUCGCUGGUCUGAUCAGUCCUUGGAACCUGCCACUCUACUUACUAACCUGGAAGAUCGCGCCAGCAAUUGCUGCGGGCAAUACCGUGAUUGCCAAGCCCAGCGAGAUGACUUCAGUGACCGCGUGGAUGAUGUGCAAGCUCCUGGCUAAAGCAGGUGUUCCUCCAGGAGUGAUAAAUAUUGUGUUUGGAACAGGACCUAAGGCAGGUGAGGCCCUAGUGUCCCAUCCAGAGGUUCCACUCAUCUCCUUCACGGGGAGCCAGCCCACAGCUGAGCGAAUUACUGUGCUGAGCGCUCCCUACUGCAAGAAACUCUCCUUAGAGCUGGGGGGCAAGAAUCCUGCUAUCAUUUUUGAGGAUGCUAACCUGGAAGAGUGUGUUCCAACCACUGUUAGGUCCAGCUUUGCCAACCAGGGUGAAAUUUGCCUCUGUACCAGCAGAAUUUUUGUACAGAAAAGCAUCUAUAGUGAAUUUUUAAAGAGAUUUCUAGAAGCUACAAGGAAAUGGAAAGUUGGCAUUCCUUCUGAUCCCUCAGCCAGCAUGGGAGCUCUGAUAAGUAAUGCUCACUUGGAAAAGGUCAGAAGUUACAUCAAGAGAGCUCGUGCUGAAGGGGCCCAAAUUCUGUGUGGUGAAGGAGUCGAUAAAUUGAACCUUCCUUCUAGGAAUCAAGCAGGCUACUUUAUGCUUCCCACAGUGAUAACAAAUAUUAAGGAUGAAUCCUGUUGCAUGAAGGAAGAGAUAUUCGGUCCGGUGACAUGUGUCGUCCCCUUUGAUAGUGAAGAGGAAGUGAUUACCAGGGCCAACAACGUUAAAUAUGGACUGGCAGCCACAGUGUGGUCCAGCAAUGUUGGGCGAGUCCACCGAGUAGCCAAGAGAUUGCAGUCAGGUUUGGUCUGGACCAACUGCUGGCUCAUCAGGGAGUUGAACCUUCCUUUUGGGGGGAUGAAGAGUUCUGGGGUAGGUAGAGAGGGAGCCAAGGAUUCCUAUGAAUUCUUCACUGAAGUCAAAACUAUAACAAUUAAACACUGACCUUGGCCUAUUGAGAAACUGUAAGGGUUAAUGUCUGGCUUUAGGGAAU